GCGGUGGAGCUGCAUCACAGAAUGAAUCUCCUGAACGGGAGUGAAUGCCAUCGCUGACAUCGCUGAGUUUGGCGCUCUGCCGUCCGUGUUCGAGAGAGUGCGUAAGAGCGAGCGCGUGCAUGUGAGUGCGCGCAUGCAUGUGAAUGCGUGUGUGCGUGUGUAAGAGUGUGUGAGAGAGUGCGCGAGUGCGUGUGUGAGGGUGUACGGGUCACGCAGAAAUGGCAGUAGCGUAGCGGCAGCAGCUCGGACUCGGCGCGGAUGCGUCUGUGGAUGUGUACCGGCCGAGAGGAAGUGACUAACGAUCUGUUUACGUCUGAGGAGCAACUUCCAGCAUGGCAGGUCCUCGUCCUCCUCGCUCAUCCCUCGCUCUGCCCUCUCCCCUCCGCCGUCUUCCACCCGCCGGAGCCCUGCUGCACUGAGAGACGCCAGAGCGAGCGAGGAAGGACAUGCAGUGUCCAGAGCAGCAGGCUCUGUCUCAGCUCCGUCAGUGACCUGCAUCUGGAGGAACCAUGGUGAGCAAAGAGGUUGGGAAGUGCAUGCUCACCAACUCUGAGUCGGACUCCGAGACGGCACCUUCCAUGGCCCUGGAGGUGAAAGGUCCAUCGGACGCGAGCCGGCAGGUGCGCAAGCGCAACAAAGCCUUGCAGGUACGCUUCAAGGACAUCUGCGAGGCGCAGAGCGAGCAGGCGGCUGCGGAGCGAGGAGGAGCUAAGUCCGUCUCUUAUAAAGUGGCUUACCGCAAGUACAUGACCGUCCCUGCACGGAGGUCCAUCCCCAACGUGACCAAAAGUACGGGAGUUCAGACUUCUCCAGAUCUGAGGAAGCGCUACCAGACUUUCCCACUGGAGAGAAAGAAAGGCCAUACCGUGAAGCACGCAGCCACAGUGGAGAGCUACAAAGACCAGGAUAAUGGAUUUGUUAUUGAUGUUAAACGGGCAAAAGCGGGCGAGACUGGUAAAGAGGGGGCACCACCUCACACCGUCAUGAAAAAAACUAAAGCAUUAAUGCACACUAACGAGUGCAUAGCCACCAUCGAGCACCACGCGAACACUGCAGAGUGCACAGAAAGGACACUGUUGCCUUGUCCUGUGGAGUCAGGGGUGGACCAAUCGGAUUACCAGAUCUGUGCAGUGAGGAGUAAACAUCGCAAAAGCUUCCAGAGGGACUCUGAGUCGCUUGACCGCUCAGGGAAGCGGCAGCUGUUGAACUCUGAGGAUGGAGGUAGCAGGGCGUUGCCGGACGCCAGCUCCAAGGUGACUGGCCCAAUCGCCUGGAACUCCCUCACGCAGGUGGAGUGCCUGGAGAGCCCGUCGGCACGCAGCAAGCGCAAAAAGGCUCUGCAGCUCAACGGCCUGCAAUCGCAGACGCUGCCCAGGACCGGCUGCACCACGCAGGCGCAGUGCCAUGCCGGAAUGAUCUCUGCCCGGCCCCUGCGGGCCAUGGAGGAGGCGGACGUGGUGGCCCCUGCCUCCACAGCACCCAUCGCCGUGCCGGCACCUGCGUGCGAGGGCGUGACGGGGACAUCGACGGGGACCGUGCAAGGGGACAGCGAGUCCUGCAAGCAGAUAGUGCCUGUCAAUCAGGACAGGGACGUAAAAGCACAGCUGCAAGCCAUGGAGAGUAUGAUCAGCUCAAGCCAGGAAACCAUCAAAGUGCUGCUCGGAGUCAUUCAGGAGCUGGAGAAAGGAGAGGCGCACAGAGAAGGGCUCUCCUAUCGAACCGGGCAGGACACGGCCAACUGCGACACGUGCCGGAACAGUGCGUGCAUCAUUUACAGUGUGGAGCUGGAUUUUAAGCAGCAGGAGGAUAAGCUGCAGCCGCUGAUGAAGAGGUUGUGUUCAGCGGAGGACUCGCCCUUCGCCUCGCUGCCUUACCCCCAGGAGGCGUACACCUCCACGCCCAAACGCAAGGCCAAAGCCGAGGCCAAGAAACACGCGCGCUGGAAACUCUGGUUCUUAUGAAAGAUUAAGAUUAAGAUCUGGUUCUUAUGAAAGGACACGCACACACUCUCUCCAGCAUCCUCCUCUCCUCCCUCUCUCUCUCACUCUUUCUGGAGUUUCCGCAUUUUA